GCAGGGCCUGUCUGCGGCUGCGCGCGCGCGCAGAUCCCCCUGCUUCUGGGAUCUGGGUGGACUUCCAGGGGACCAGAGUUGGGAGCCUGUGGUGUGUUCGCUGGGCGGUGCGGGGGCCGCGAUCGGAGGGCCCGGCGACAUCUGAAGGUCCAGGCCGCCUUUGCCCAGAGGGUGCGGCCGGGAGUGAUGGUGCCCCUCGGGGAGAGGAGCAAUGACCCUGUGCUGCCGGACCCGCCCCAGGGGCCCCUGCACGUGGCCCGCGCCCGCGCUUCGUUCCCCUGGAAGGAGCUGGCGCUGUUCUGGGAGGGCGAGGACACGCUGCGCUUCAAGAAAACCAUCUUCUCGGCUCUGGAGAACGACCCCCUCUUCGCCCAUCCCCGCGGCAGCCGGCUCUCCGUGGAGAAGUACCAGGAGCUGAGCUUCCUGCGCUGUAAGAGGGUCUUCGAGUACGACUUCCUCCCCUUGGGGGACAUGCUGGGCAGCCUGCCGAAGGUCCUGGCGCUGGUUGAAUGCCUGGGCAUGUACGACUGGUCCCUGGCCACCAAGUUCUUCCUGCACGUGCUGACUUUUGGAUCCGCGAUUUACAGCUCCGGUUCUGAACGACACUUCAAAUACCUUCCAAAGAUCUUCAGUUUGGAGAUUUUUGGAUGUUUUGCUCUGACGGAAGUGAGUCAUGGGAGUAACACCAAGAGCAUGCGGACGACCGCUCACUACGACCCCACCACCCAGGAAUUCAUCAUCCAUUCCCCCGAUUUCGAAGCCGCCAAGUUCUGGGUUGGCAACAUGGGCAAGACCGCCACCCACGCAGUGGUGUUUGCUCAGCUGUACACGCCGGGGGGCCGGUGCCACGGGCUGCACCCCUUUCUCGUGCAGAUUCGGGACCCGAAGACCCUUCUUCCCAUGCCAGGAGUGAUGGUCGGCGAUAUCGGGAAGAAGCUGGGGCAGAACGGCCUGGACAACGGGUUCGCCAUGUUCCACAAGGUCAGGAUUCCGCGCCAGGACCUGCUGAACCGCUCGGGAGACGUCACCCCUGAGGGCGCCUACGUCACCCACGUCAAGGACGUGGGGCAGCGCUUCAGCGAGUCCCUGGGCAGCCUGUCGGCCAACCGGGUCGCCAUCGUGGGCAUAUCCGUCGUGAACCUGAAGCUGGCCGUGUCCAUCGCUCUGCGCUUCUCAGCCACCAGGCGUCAGUUUGGGCCGACGGACAAGGAGGAAGUCCCAGUGCUGGAGUACCCGCUGCAGCAAUGGCGCUUACUGCCAUACCUGGCCGCCGCCUACGCCUUGGACCACUUUUCCAAAUCGCUCUUCCUGGAUCUGGGGGAGCUUCAGCAAGGCCUCCUGGGGAAAGACCGGAGCGUCAGGCAGGCAGAGCUGGGACGCGAGAUCCAUGCCUUGUCAUCGGCCGGCAAGGCCCUGGCCUCGUGGACGGCCCAGCGGGGGAUCCAGGAGUGCCGCGAGGCGUGUGGAGGACACGGCUACCUGGCCAUGAACCGUCUGGGCGACCUCAGAGACGACAAUGACCCCAACUGCACGUACGAAGGCGACAACAACGUGCUGCUGCAGCAGACCAGCAACUACCUGCUUGGCCUGCUGGCUCGCCGGGACCAAGGCGGUGCCCGCAUCGAGAGCCCCCUGAAGACCGUGGACUUCCUGGACGCCUAUCCAGACAUCCUUGGCAGGAGGUUCGAGGGCUCCAGCCCCGAGGACUUGUUGGACUCCUCAGUCCCGCUGGCGGCAUACGAGUGGCUGGUCUGCUACCUGCUCAGGGAGAGCUACCAGAGGCUCAGUCAGGAGAAACGCUCAGGAAGAAGCGACUUCGAAGCCAGAAACAACUGCCAGGUGUACCACUGCCGGCCCUUGGCCCUGGCGUUCCUGGAGCUCACGGUCGUGCGCAGGUUCCACGAGUACGCGCACCAGCCCCGCGUGCCGCCCCCGCUGCGGGCCGUGCUCCGGCGGCUCAGCGCCCUCUACGCCGUGUGGUCCCUGGGCCAGCACACCGCCCUGCUAUACCGAGGUGGAUACUGCUCCGGUGAGCGUGCGGGCAAAGCGAUGGAGAGCGCAGUCCUGGCCCUGUGUGCGCAGCUGAAAGAUGAUGCUGUUGCCCUGGUGGACGUCAUCGCCCCUCCGGACUUCAUCCUGGACUCACCGAUUGGCAGAGCCGACGGCGAGGAGGUCUCCUCUGGCUUCUGGGUGAAGCGUCCCCCCUCGUCCCCUGGCAGCUCUAUAAGAACCUCUGGACUGCCGUCCUUCAGGGAAACAAGGUGCUGGAGAGGGCAUCAUGGUGGUCGGAAUUCGCGGUCAACAAGCCUGUCAUAGGAAGUUUGAAAUCAAAGCUGUAGUCGCACCAGCUAAAUCUGGCGAAGCCGUGAGGACCUGGACCUCAGGUUCACUUCUGGAAGCCCCAGACCCGCAGUUCUACCUGGCAGCUUGUCCUGUUGAGUCCAGGGCUGGACCGGCUUAUCCUGGCCUGGCCCCCGCCUGCUGCCCCGAGUCCUAGCAGGACGGUAACCUCCAAAGGGUAGGACCGAUUGGGGUCAUCCUGAUUUGCUGGGUGAAAACAAAGUUUAUACAUAGGAUCAUGUCUUCCUGAGAGACUGAACACUUUUGGAUGAUUAGAGCUUUAGCAUAAUUCUGUUUUUAUAUGCUGAUUUUGAAGCUGACUGCUUGUAAUCUGGGAUUUUUCUGGCCAGGUGAUCUUUUGCCUUCAUCUGAGAUUUCUUCCAAGGCUUUGCUUCACUAAGCUCUGAACGAUGCCAAUCCGACUCUUUGUUCACCCUGGUUUGACUUUCUCACGUCAUUAAAUUAUAUCAUAACUUUACUAAUUUGCACCGUGGACCACCCGAAUGGCAUAGCUGAAGAUUUUGAAGGAAAAUAAAAUCAGUUUUCUUAC